GGCAAUUCUAGUCUGACAAUUGAUAACUUUUCACAAAAAAAGGCUUCUUAAAAAGAAGUAAUUGGAAGUUAGUGCAGAGCUUCUGUUCUCUUGGAAGUAACUUUUUGCCUGCCGGAUUUGUUCUGUGGUCUCAUUAUUCAGUGGACAUCACAUCAGAAGUUGUACUGAAGGAUUGCUACAAACGGGCAUGAAAGAAAAUUUUUGAGCAAUGAUGAAAGACAAUGCAUUCCCAAGAAGCUUGUGAAAAUUUUGUCAGCUUUUAAAAGUUAAUCUUCCAGAAUAUACUGGGAGAAUACAACAGAACCAUCUUUUCUUCCAAGGUGUGAAAAAUUGUCAUCCGUUUGUGUUCAAUGGGUCUACGAAUUCACUUUGUGGUUGACCCUCAGGGUUGGUUCUGCAUGGGCCUCAUUAUCUUUGUCUGGCUGUACAACACAGUCUUCAUUCCCAAAGUCAUCCUUUUUCCUCAUUAUGAAGAGGGACAUAUUUCAGCUGUGGCAAUUUUGUGUUAUUACUUUUGCUCGUUGUUUUGUAUAGCUUCAUUACUAAGAGCCUCGGUAGCUGAUCCAGGAAAACUACCUGAAAACCCAAAGAUACCACUUACAGAACGAGAAUUUUGGGAAUUAUGUAACAAAUGCAACAUGAUGAGACCAAAGCGCUCCCACCAUUGUAGCCGUUGUGGACAUUGUGUCAGGAGGAUGGAUCACCACUGCCCAUGGAUUAAUAAUUGUGUUGGUGAAGACAAUCAUUGGCUGUUUCUACAGCUAUGUUUCUACACUCAGAUUCUUAGUUCCUAUACAUUGAUACUUGAUUUCUGCCAUUACUACUACUUUUUGCCACUGAAAAAAGAUAACUGGGAUGUUUUUGUAUAUAGACAUGAACUUGCUCUUCUAAGAAUAUCUGCCUUCAUGGGUCUAAUAAUACUGGGUGGAAUAAGUGGACUCUUUUACACUCAGCUAAUGGGUAUUUUCACUGACACUACAAGUAUAGAAAAAAUGUCAAACUGUUGUGAAGACAUACGGAGGCCCCGAAAGCCGUGGCAGCAGACCUUCUCAGAAGUUUUUGGCACUCACUGGAAGAUCCUGUGGUUUAUUCCUUUCAGGCAGAGGCAACCACUGCGAGUCCCCUACCACUUUGCCAAUCAUGUCUAAAGAGAUGGAUGGUGGGCACAGAUGGGUCCUCCAUGCUGGAAGUGUGCUACAGGUUUUAUGAUAAUAGGGGUAUGACAAGUCUUCAAGUCGAUUAAAAUCCACUCACCAAUCUUAGACAUCAUAGUGUGCCCCAGGCUUUAAUAGUGGUCUAGAUUCUGUUGUGGGAUUGAAACAAGUUAUAUGUUUAAGUUAAAGCAUAUUUACUUUCAGAUUAGCUUUCUAAAUGGGUUUCUUCAGUAUUUAACAAUGAUAACAAAAACAAAUGACUGAAGUGGAGUCUACUAUAUUUGUUUGGUACUGACCAUUUUAAUUUUUUUCCUGUGGUAGGAAACACUGAAGCCUACACUGAUUGCUAGUUUUUCCACUAAGUAGUCUCAUGCUGCAUUUAAUUUUUUUACUAUUUUUACCAGUAGAUGUAUCUAGAUAAUACGCAGGUCAUUUUUCUGGUAAAUGUUUUUAACGUUCCCUGAUAGUCCCUUUUAUUUAUGAUGCACAAUACUAAUCAUGCAGCACCACUCUAUAAAAGGUGGCAUCUGAAAUUGAGGCGGACUUCUGCUCUACCUUUGUUAGAAGAGUUUUUAUAAAUAACUAUAUGUGUAUGUGUAUAGAUAGAGAGAUCUUACAUCUUAAGUUAUCUUUUUAUAUACAAAUAAUCUCAGUGAAAAGUAUUAGCAUUCAUAUCCCUACGUCAACAAAAGCUAUGACGUGUUCUAGGGUAAAAUAUGCAGAUAGUAAGCAUAUUUUCCCAUUUCUCCCAAAGAUUUCUUUGCAAUAAUUCAACAAAGAAGCUGUAUAGUGGAAAUAUUAGAAUGCAUAUACUUUUUAAGAAAGCUGAUUUAAUUAGCAUAAUAUACCACAGAGAAUAAUAUAGCGUCAUUAAAGUUAUGCAUUUUAUAUUUUCUCUUGUUCAGUCAUGACUAGCUGGAAUUUAGAUUGUUUUAGGUGCUUAUAAAUGGGAAACUUGAAAAUAUUUUAAAAUAUUUAUAUAAAAAUACUUACAGAUAUUUGCUACUAAGAUGUAGAGUAAUGGAUAUUAGCUGAUUUAAUGGGGUACUAUGUUGAUGUAUGAGAGCUUUAUAUUCUUGUUGUGGGCCUUUUCUUCAUGGAAGUGAUCAGCCAAUGACAGCAACCUUAAGAUUAGAUCUGGUAAAAUGACAGCGACUCACAAAGUAUUGCCUUUGUUUUGCUGAGUCUGGAAAUAUCAUGUAAUUUGUUAUUCUGUGUCUGGACGAAUGUCAGCAUGAGAUGCUUGUGAUUCUUGA